UAUGAACACUGAGAGUCUGAGAGCCCAAUCACAGCUGAGCGCAGAGGAGAAGCUUUCCCGGAGCCCUGCUAUAAACGAAUCUCGGCUGCUCGAAGCGCAGAAGAUGUUGAAGGAGGAGAUGGACGCUGUCAAGAGGCACUUGUUCGCCCAAGCGAAGUCUGUGGAUGCCUUUAAUCGAACCGUCAUUCUGCUGGAAAGAGAGAGAAGCCAGCAGUUUAACAAGAUCAGAGCAUUUCAAGAGGAGCUCCGCAGGCUAGGCCAGGUUAUAGACAGACAGAACCAAGACUCUCAGCUAGAGAAGCGCUUCCAGGGCCUGAGCCAGGAGCUGUCUGGGAAGCUGCUCUUCCUUCGAGGCCUCAUUGAGCAGAGAACCACCCACCGGCUCCCCCUGCCUCCCCAGCACCUUCAAACUCCACUCCCAGGCUGCAGCCCAGGCCUCCCCCUGUGUGAAAGCCAGACACUGGAGGCCCUCGGUGACCUUACCCAGGAGAUAUUCGAGAGCAAGAAGUUCUUGUGGGAAGAGCUGGAGUCGAUCAGGGCCGAAAUUGAUGACAUCAAGCAGAAACUCAGCAAGUAUUCCUUUAUUUCCAUGGCAACAGAAUCGAUUAACCCUUUACUGACCUGGAUGCACCAGCCUGGUUACAGGAGUGCCUAGGCUCAUGAAACAAUUUCAUAGUUCCUACCACAGCCUUCCACCGAGGAAAUCAAUAUAUCAAUUUAUAACCUGAUCCAUCCCCUCCCCACUCUCUGUGUGAAGAAGAGUCUCCUUCAGCAACAUGACUAGGUAACCCAUUCC